GUAUACGUACAUACAUGGUUCCUUCGUUCGCCAUCGGUUCGAGAGAUUCGUUUAUUCAUUUGUUUAGGUACUUGUCCGGAUGAAGGUCGUUCUCUUCGUUCGAAUCGCGCGGAGAAGCGACGCAAAGCGACGGCACGUCGCGGACGGUGCCUCCGAUGUAUCUAUAUACGUAUGUACGCGAUACCUUGGAGAAGGAGCGUGGAAAACGCCGGUCGUUCGAAUCGCGCGGGUGACGCGCCGCCAUGACGCCGCCGCCUGGGGCGCGCUGUGCGACGGGAACGGCGGAACCGGGCUGAACGGCGGGACGAUCGACGUGUGACACCAUCAAUGGCCGCCGCCGUGUUGUCUGUGUACGGAACGGAGUGCGGCACCCGUUGCGGAAGCCCACGCAGGGGACGCCGAUAAUAGCUGGUUUCUCUCUCGCACGGAGAGCUGCAGCCGAGCGCGCGAGACAUGGGCUCGAAGAAGCACAAAAAGCACAAGCGCGAGAGGCACGAAGGAAUUUUGACUUCGUUUUCACCACGGACAAACUGAGAGUGAGCGAGGUUGGAGUAGAAGUAAGGUGGAUUCGAAAGUAUAAACCGAGCGUGUUCCACGACAACAGGCACGCGGCGUGGAAAGGGUCAAUACACAACGACGGACAAGCCGCCUAGUCUGAAGUUAAUCUUGAAAGUAGGAGGUAAUACUGGAACGCCUGAGCACGGCAGUGAGUCUCCGAGCCAGACUGCAAUGUUGUCGCAGUAUCAGCAACAACUGGGCCUUAAUUAUUCUGUUAGCCAAGGAGACACAGAAUAUGAUAGGUAUGUUGGCCACAAGAAGCUCAAGAAGAAGAAGAAGAAGAAAGACAAACGGCACAAACAUCAUCACAAAGAUAAGAAAAGACGAAGAGAGGAGUCGAGUCAGGAAUCGGUUGGCGACGCUGAUGAGAACCUGGUCGAGCCUGCACCUAAGAAGGCUUGUACCAAUCAUAAUCAGCUGUUGCCACCUAUGCCCCCGUCUAACACUGAAAUAAGGGUCGGUGCUAGUAACGUAAGCUCACUGUCGCCGCAUCGUGAGCCCAGGACAUGCGUUCUCAGAAAGAUAGCGGAACGCACGCCUCUCCAGAGGUUGCUGGAGCAUCUGUUGAGGUCGAUGGAAAAGAGAGAUCCGCAGCAGUUUUUUGCCUGGCCAGUCACAGACAGCAUUGCGCCUGGUUACUCUCAGAUAAUCACAAAUCCGAUGGAUUUCAGUACGAUAAAGCAAAAGAUAGAUGAAAAUAACUAUCAAAAUUUGCAAGAAUUUGUGGACGAUUUUAAGCUCAUGUGCGACAAUGCUAUGACGUAUAAUCAUCCCGACACCAUCUACUAUAAGGCGGCGAAGAAACUACUGCACGUCGGUUUGAAGAUGGUCACUCCAGAGAAACUGCGGCAGCUCAGGCCAGUCCUGAUGUACAUGAAUGAUAUUACGAAGGAGGAGCUCGGAUUCGAGUUGGGCACCGAAGAUCUAAACAAUCCGGAUGCUCCCGCGACGGAGGAGCAGAUAGAGCGAGAACGUGAACAGGAAGAGCGUAACGAGGAGGCGGAGGAACUCAGGAAAGAAAAUCAAAGAAAAAUGAGACUGGCUAGUUUAGGCAAGUUUGAAGCGAUACCGGACGAUUUGACGCCGGAGGAGAUACUAAAACAAGCUAGAGGCGCGGCUAAAACGGCAGCGGAGAAGCUCAGUCUGAAGAGGAUCAACUCGAAGAUGGGUUUUCUGCGGCAGAAAAAGGACGGCACCACCAGCUUGCAGAUUAUUGUACCCGGGGAUGGGAUUAUUCCCGGUACCAAUCAGAGACCUGUGUCGCUGGGUCAGUUGAUAGGCAAAUUGAAUCACGGUACUGGAGCGUUGGCCGGAUUCCGGGAGGAUCGUAGGAACAUGUCGAAGCCAGUAAAACCCCUCUAUUAUGGUGCGUUCGGUUCAUACGCACCGAGCUACGACUCGACGUUCGCGAAUCUUACUAAGGAGGAAACUGACCUAGUCUAUCAAACUUACGGUGACGAGACUGCCGUGCAAUACGCUGAAUCUAUCCUAGACUUUGCCAAGGACUGUGAUUACACGUUGACCAUGGUUGACGACCUGCUGGACAUUCUCACAGGCGGCGAUCAUAGGAAGACGAAGAAAUUCCUCGAGGAAAAACGAAGACUGAGGGAGGAGGAAGAAAAGAUAAAGCAUUUAUUGGAGAAGCCUAUGCAAGACGUGAAUCGUAACAUUCCGUUGUUGGAUAAAGUCAAGGUUGAUAUCGAUCAGCUGAAAACAUUGUCGGAUCUCGGUAUCGACAUAAACUUCUUAGAGAAUUUAGAAGAAGAAUUUAAGUACAGCGAGGAACGCGCCGCGCUACAAAGCCGUCUUGAUGACACGUCGCAGAUGCUAGGUCGACUGAAGCAGGUCCAACACGAGCGUUUGUCAGCACCACCGCCGGCCCAUCUGUCCAAUGUUCCCAAGGCAGGAGACACGGAGGUGGUGCUGGCCGAGAAGAUCACUGACAAUCUCACUGAUAUAGCGAAGAAACUGCCACCGUCGGGGAUCGCGCCGGUUGAUGGAUUGCGUAGAGCAAUGGGCAUAGCACCUCUGGGCGGACCGGAGCCCAUGGAGGUCGAACCGAUUACGCACAACCCCAGUAUAGUUGCUGACAGUUCGUUACUGCCGAAUCCGAACAGUGGCAGCAAUCAGGUGCUGUCAAAUCUGCUGCCGACCCCCUCACCAAUUCAGAGUGCAAGUCUACUGAGUCCGACCAGCCAGCAGAAUCAGAAUAUCAGUAUUGUGGGCGCGAGUCAGCCACCGCCGUCGAUUCAAAUGCAGAUCGGUAUGACGCAUAGCAGUCAGACGCCACCGUCUUUACUGAGCGCGACGGAACCGUCCGGUGUGGCUGAUCUCGAGUCCGAAUUGCGCGAAUUCCUAGAGAGCGAUCCUACGCUCGGGCACUCGCCACUCCAUGACGACAAAACUCUGGAAGACAUUCUAUCUGAGUCUUAAUGUGUGCGCGAUAAUUCGAUUAUUUCGCAAUUCACAUAAUUUAUAAAUAGAUAUAUAUAUAUAAAUUAUAAAUAUAUACAG